UUCCCGUGAGACAGAUAGUUUUGCCGGAGAUCGUUUAUUUUCGCGUCCAAAAACCCUUCCGACCUCUGAAGUCGUCUUCUGUCUUUUGUUCUCACUCUCUUUUUUUAAAUCCGAUUCAUCGAGCCGGUGAGCUCACCUUCCGCCGCGUAAAAUGGCGGCUCUUGAGAGCCCACAGCCAGCUACGGCGACUGCUAUGAGGCAUGCUUUCGGCAACGUUCUCUCAGUUCUGAUCCUCGUUCUCAUUGGUGUCCUCGCUUUCUCGAUCCGUCUCUUCUCUGUUAUAAAGUAUGAAAGUGUGAUUCAUGAGUUUGAUCCUUACUUCAAUUAUAGAGUCACUCAGUUCUUAUCGAAGAAUGGAAUAUAUGAGUUCUGGAAUUGGUUCGAUGAUCGGACCUGGUAUCCUCUUGGCCGUGUGAUUGGAGGAACUGUUUACCCUGGGCUAACGUUGACUGCUGGAACCAUCUGGUGGGUCUUAAAUUCAUUAAACAUUCCUCUAUCAGUAGAGACUGUUUGUGUCUUCACCGCACCUGUAUUCUCAGCUUUCGCAUCCUGGGCAACUUACCUUUUGACCAAGGAAGUUAAGGGCUCCGGGGCAGGACUGGCAGCUGCUGCUCUUUUGGCCAUGGUUCCCUCAUAUAUAUCCCGAUCCGUAGCUGGAAGCUAUGACAAUGAAGCUGUUGCCAUUUUUGCUUUGAUCUUCACCUUUUAUCUUUACAUAAAGACAUUAAAUACAGGUUCCUUGUUUUAUGCAACCCUGAAUGCCCUUGCAUACUUUUACAUGGUAUGUUCAUGGGGAGGUUACACCUUCAUUAUCAACCUGAUACCAAUGCAUGUGCUUUUGUGCAUUGUAACUGGCCGAUACUCUCCACGACUGUACAUUGCCUAUGCUCCAUUGGUUGUGUUAGGCACACUGUUAGCUGCAUUGGUGCCUGUUGUUGGUUUCAAUGCCGUUUUGACUUCUGAACAUUUUGCCUCGUUUUUGGUAUUCAUCAUCAUCCACGUUGUCGCUCUCGUAUACUACAUCAAAGGCAUUCUUACUCCUAAAAUGUUCAAAGUUGCUGUGACACUUGUUGUGUCUAUCGGCAUGGUUGUGUGUCUCAUAGUUGUGGCAAUCCUUGUGGCAUUGGUGGCUUCAAGUCCAACAGGAGGAUGGAGUGGUAGGAGUUUGAGUCUACUUGAUCCAACUUAUGCAAGCAAGUAUAUUCCGAUUAUUGCAAGUGUCAGUGAACAUCAACCUCCAACUUGGCCGUCUUAUUUCAUGGAUAUCAAUGUUUUGGCUUUUUUGGUCCCUGCCGGCAUCAUUGCGUGCUUUUCGCCUCUAUCUGAUUCCAGCUCUUUUGUGGUCCUUUACAUUGUAAUGUCUGUAUACUUUUCUGGAGUUAUGGUUCGUCUUAUGCUCGUGCUUGCUCCAGCAGCAUGCAUUAUGUCUGGAAUUGCGCUCUCUCAAGCUUUUGAUGUUUUCACGGGUUCCAUCAAAUACCAGUUAGGUGGAUCGUCUAAUUCCGCAGAUGAUGCAGAGGAUACGAACAAUGCCCCAAAAGAUGAUGCUGCUGCUGGUAAGACUGACAAGGGUGAAGAGACUGUAAAAGAGAGGUCUUCUAAAAAGGGCAAGAAAAAAGAGAGGGAGCCUGUUGAGAAACCUUCUAUUAAGUCCAAGAUUAAGAAGAAGGCUCUUGUUUUGCCACUUGAAGCCUCUAUUGUUGCGCUUCUUCUCCUUAUAAUGUUGGGUGCUUUCUAUGUGAUUCAUUGUGUCUGGGCAGCUGCAGAAGCAUACUCAGCUCCAUCAAUAGUUUUGACAUCUCAAUCACGUGAUGGCCUUCAUGUCUUUGAUGAUUUUAGAGAGUCUUAUGCAUGGUUAAGCCAUAAUACUGAUGUGGAUGACAAAGUGGCAUCAUGGUGGGACUAUGGUUAUCAGACGACAGCUAUGGCUAAUAGAACUGUUAUUGUUGACAACAACACCUGGAAUAAUACUCACAUUGCAACUGUUGGCACUGCAAUGUCAUCUCCAGAAAAGGCGGCGUGGGAAAUUUUCAACUCCUUGGAUGUGAAAUAUGUUCUUGUUGUCUUUGGUGGUCUUAUUGGUUACCCAAGUGAUGACAUUAACAAGUUUCUGUGGAUGGUUCGUAUUGGAGGUGGUGUCUUUCCUCAUAUAAAGGAAGCUGAUUAUCUGAGAGAUGGCCAAUACCGGAUCGAUUCUGAGGCCACUCCAACAAUGUUGAACUGCCUUAUGUACAAGCUCUCUUACUACAGGUUUGUAGAGACAGAUGGUAAAGGUUAUGAUCGGGUGAGGCGGACAGAGAUUGGGAAGAAGAAUUUUAAACUCACACAUUUCGAAGAGGUUUUCACGAGUCACCAUUGGAUGGUUCGGAUAUACAAGCUGAAACCUGCCAGGAACAGGAUUCGGGGUAAAGCAAAAAAGCUGAAAUCGAAAACAAGCAGUGGAUGGAGUUCAAAAUCAGCGAAGAAGAACCCUUGGAUCUAGAAAUUUUAAAUGUUGGAUGAGACAUCUACAAAUAUGGUGGCAAAAUCGAGUCAAUCCAACCAAAGCAAAAGUAAAAUUGAAAUACCUCAAGUCUGACUUCUGAAAUACAAAUUUGCCAUUUGACUUAUUUGAUCUGUUUAAUAGUUUAUAUAAAACGGAGUCCGUGUUACGUUAUAGGAUGUUGCAUAAACAAAACAAAAACUGAGAUUUUAUAAAUUUAUUUUAAACUGUUGAAACUA